AUGAAAACUGCAUCUGACCCAAAAGACAUUCAGGUAUUAUACGUUACGUGUUAGAAAUAUAAUUGUUAAUAUUUGUAUAAUUAUUGAUAGCUUAUAUAACCUUACCAAAAUAUAUUUUUAAAGCAAGUAUUUAUAUAGAUAAAUCUUAUCAGAUAAUGUAAUUAUUCUGUUACAUUCAAAUAUAAGAAAAUAGUUGUAAUAUUUGUUUUCUUUUUAUUAUACUUGUGUGAUAUUUAUUCUAAUGCAACUAUUUUUCAGGAUUUUCAAUUCAAACAGUCAUGUAUUUCACAAAUUUUAGAUGCAUUCAUAUCUAUACCAACUGCAUGCAGUUUAUUGGCUGCAGAUAAAAAAAGGGGACUGCUAUAUGCAGGACAAAAUAAUAAAAUAAUUAUAUUGAAACCAGAUGACACUGACCCUGAAUGGAAAAUAGAAUUUAAUAUACCUUUAGUUGUAUCUAAAUUAACACUUAACUGUGAUUGUUCUUACUUAGCAGUGGCAUCUCAUGAACCUAUGAUUUUAAUUUAUGAUGCACAGGCACUUAUUACAAAUAGUUUACAAUUACUACAUAAAAUCAGAAUUUCUACAUCAAAUGGAGAUAUAUUUGCAAAUGAUCUACGAUGGAAUCCUGCUGUACCAGGAAUGUUAUGUACAGUAGCUAGCGAUUAUACAGUUGGUAGUUUUAAAAUAAAAGAAAAGAAAAAAGAAGCAAUCGAACUGAAAGCUUUAGAGAAAUUUAAUGAUAUAAAUGCUUUAUGUGCAGCAUGGAGUCCUAAGGGAAAGCAAAUUGUUGUAGGGUGUAAAAAUGGUAAUAUAGUACAGCUUAAACCUGAUUUGAAAAUAGCAAGGACAAUUCCUGGUCCUAAUCCAUACAUUGGUGAAGUUGUUAGUAUUUUAUGGAUCAGCAAUUAUCAAUUUUGUGCCGCUUAUUUCGGCAAUGAACAAGGAAUUAAUGUUCUUAUGAUUGAUGCUCCUAAAGGUGAAACAAAUACUAUUUUUACUUGUUAUGAAGAUAUUACUUAUGGAGUAACAGAUUCAGAAGCAGAAGGGACAAUUCCUCGUUAUUAUUUUGAUCAUGUACCAGAAUGGGGCUUAAUUAUUGCUGCUAGUAGCAACAGCAGUGAAAUAGCUGUAUUAGGAUCUACAGAUAAAGGUGUCACUUGGAAUCAGUGGCAGUUGGUAGAUAGUGGCAGAGCUGAAUUACCAUUGAUUCACACUACAGAAAGCUAUCCAGUAGGUUUAGCUAUCGACAGAUCUCCAGUUAAAAAUUUGCCAUGGGGAGCAGAUUCUACUUUGCCCCAUCCAGUUCCUAUACUUCAUAUUCUUGCAACAUCUGGACAAUUAUGUAGCUUUCAUAUGGUAAAUCUGACUCCCAAUUGUUCUCCUAUUAAUUCUCCGCCUACAGAAAUUAUUGCAAAUCCUUUACAAACACAAUCAAACAUAGGAUCUGAAACAUCCCUUAUUAUGAAUAGUAUACCAAUAACUAGUACACCACUUGCUAAGCAACCAGAAAAUGCUUUUGAGCGUUCAAAACCACCUAUUGCAGGAAAUAUUUUGAACAAAUUUAUUCAAAAGUCUAGUUUUACUCUAUCUCCAACUGAAAAACCAAAACAAGAGCACAAAUCUGAACAACCUAGUAUAGGUAUGAAAUUGGAACCAACCAGAGAAAUUCAAUCUCAAGAAAUUGUAAAACCGGAUAUUAAAUUAACAGCAGUCAAAGAAAUAAUUACGCACGAGCCUGUAGAACCAAAAUCAUCUGCAGAUGAUGAUGCUAAAGAUAAUCGUGCAUAUAUAGAAGAACAUAAUUUAUUUGAGAAAGAAUUACGUAAUAGAUUAGAACCACAAAUAUUAGAAUAUGACACGGAAGAAGAACGUCGGAAGCUUGUAGAUACAUCUAUUAUAAUAGAUCAGUUCUUACGGGAAUUGAAAGAAACAACAAAUAGUUUAUCUAGCGACAUAGCAUAUUUAAAAGCAUUAUUGCUACAAUCAUUUGCUUGGGUUGAAGAAACGAAGUCAAAAAAUGCAGCAACUAAUGAUAUUACGACUAGAAAUUGUGGAGAUAGUAAUAAAAUAUCUGAUUUACAGAAACUUUAUUAUUAUACUCAAACACAACUGACUCAAGCUAGUAAAAUUUUGGACUUAGAAUGGUCAAAUCAUAAAUCCCAAGAAAUGUCACGAAUGAAAAUACCUUAUUUAGAGUUUGUGUAUCAAAAUCUCAUAUUACAUAGUAAAAUUAUACAAGAAGAAAAAAGCAAAGUAGAAUAUCUUAAAAAAAGAUGGAAAUUGAUUAUUCGUAGUAAUAGUAUUUUUGGAUUAAAUCGUUCAUUAUCCAAUUUAACUAUUACAUCAUCAAAAUCUUCAGUCACUCUUCCAAGAAAUACAGGAAUCAUAGAAGCGCGAUGCAAAGCGAUUGCUUCUAAAACUUUGAGUUUUACUCAAGAAAAACAAAUUAAAUUGAGAAAACAUUUAUCUACUUGUACUCCAAAGAUCAUAAAACCUGUCAACCCUUCACCUAUUCAACAUCGUUUAGAAGCAACUCUGUCUUCUUUAACUUCUCCCAAUACUGCUAACAUUAAUAUUAAAAACAAAGUGGAUCAAUCUGUUUCCAAACAAAGUACAAUUGCCAAACAACAGAAUUUAUAUAUUGAUCCUUUAGAUUCUAUGGCUAGUAUUGUAGCAGGUAUUGGCACAAAUGAAUGCACAAGUGAAUCUAAUAAUGUAUCAACACAAAAAAAAAUACAAAGCAAACAGCCAAGUUUUGGAAUUAUAUAUUUUCCACCUGUAUCUGGUAGUAAACCUGUUCAAAUAGAAAAAAUAUCUAGUAUGUCAACAACUACUACAGCACUUCAAAAUAGUAAGCCAAAACAAGAUACUAUUACAUUAAAUCAGAUGCAUACUUCAUCUAAUUUAAUGAAAUCUUUUCCUAAAGUUGAUACUAUUACAUUUGAUACAUCAGCACAGAAAUCAGAAGGAACAGCAGCACAGAAUUCAACUAUCCAAUCAAUGUGGCUGCAUACUAUUAAACCAGAAAAUACUUUGUUCAAUGAUUCAUUGAAAGAUGUAUUACCAUCAGAGACUUCGUUAGAGAAAAUACAAACAACUACUCCGAAUAUUGGAAUGACAUUACCAAUAACAGCAGCAAAAACUAAAGCAAUAUCUACAUUUAGUUUCGCUACUCCAAUUGUUACUACACAGAGUACAUUUGUCACAUCACAAACAACAAAUGCACAGACAUUUUCUUUUGCUUCAAAACCGUCAAACAUUACUACUCCAUUCAACUUAAAAAUGACAUCACCAACAACAAAAUCUCAAACACAAGAUGUAUUAAGUUUAGCAGGAUCAUUUACAGGACUUCAGACGACUAAUCAAGGAUCUAGUAUAUCUGCCAAUAAUAGUAUUGUAGUUUGUACUACUGCAGAUGAAAAAUAUAACUCCAAACUUACGUUUGGAAUACCUGCUGUUUCUUCAUCUGAUGGAAACCAAAUUUCUGCCGUAAAUAAAUUGUGUUAUAGAUCUGUUACGAUCGAAGAAGCACCUCUUUCUGAAUCAACUUCUAGUCUUCCAACAAGUACUGUACAAGAUUUACAUGAAUCUUCUGCCACUCCUUUGUUCAGCAUUCUAAAAAAUACAUUGAAUACUUCUGUAUGUGAAGAAACAUCAAAUUCUACUCCAACAACAACUACAUGUACUGUUACGACCGCUACGUCUAUUAUACAAACUACGAUUACUUCAGCUAUGCCACUAUUUGGUGGUUUCUUCACAGCAUCAAAUACAACAGCAAAUAUAACUUCUUCUACUAUUACUCCUUUCCAAAGUGCUUUAUCAAAACCUUUCGAUAAAAGUACCAUUAUAUUACCACCAAGUUCCAUCAGUACCGCUACUGCUGCUAGCAAUAUUACUACCACUACUACUACUGCUAUCACCAUUACUACGACUGUUGCUACUGCUACUGCUAUUAGUACUACAGCAACUACUACUACUAUUAGCUCUAUUGUAACUACUACUACUCCUACUAUUACUACUACUACCGCUAUUACUAAUAUUAUUACUACUCCUACUUCAUCUGCACUUACAUUCGGAAAUAUCGCAACAAGUACAGCUACUCCAGUUUUUGAUAAACCUUCUCUUACAAUAAACUCUCAAUUUUCAACUACGCCAGCAGUUUCUUCAACAGCUAAUACGUUUGGAAAACCAGAUACUAAUAUUCCUUUUUUUAAACCUUUCGGAAAUUCUCCAAACACAUUUAUGUUUGGCAAAACGACUACAGCUUCUACUAGUGGUUCUAUCUUCAGUGGAAGUAAUACUAAUUCGAUAUUUGGCGGAAACACCCAAGUAUCCUCACCAGGUUCCAUAUUUGGAGGAAAUACCUCCUCGAUAAAUACAUUUGGAGUUCAGAUGUCCAUCUUUGAUAAUAAUGCUCCAAAAUCUGACUCUAUUUUUGGUUCGGCAUCAAACACUGGUUCUGCAUCUUUCUUUGGUGGUGCAGCAAACAAUGUUACUUCAGGAUUAUCUUCAGCUGGAUCUCCAUCCGUAUUUGGUGGUGCUGCAGCUAAUACACCACCAAUGGGUGUAGAACAACCUGUAUUAGGUGCACAACCUGUCUUUGGGCAGACACCUUCAUUUAACACUAAACCAGUGUUUGGGUCACCGCCAACGUUUGCACCACCAAAACCAAUUUUUGGUGGUGCUUUUGGAACAACGGCAUUUGGAGUCAGUGCCACUCCUCCAGCAUUUGGAAGUCCACCUACUAUGGGAGGAAGUCCUGCUCCAAUUGAUAAUAAUAUGCCAAAAGUUUUCGGAAAUGUAAGUGGUAGUAGCACAUUUGAAUCUUUGGCAAAUCAAUCAGGCGGACUUAGUUUCAGUAGUUUAGCACAAAAAAGUGCUGACGUACCAAAAUCUCCAGUAUUCACUAGGUAAGCUAGCAAUUAAAUUUUUUUUUUAAUUUUUUAGAUCCAUAAUGUAA